ACAAUUUGCAAUAGCAGAAAGCUAGGAGUUGCUAAAAGGCUAAAUAAACAAAACCUAAAGAGAAAGACGAAGAGAAAAGCAACAUUUUAAACCAAAAGAAAAAAAUCACAUUAUCAAAAGCUAAAGCAUCGUAUUCGAGAUCGAUCAUAUAUAUCUAACCAAGUGAACCAAGAAGAAGAGAGAAUCCAAGUUGAAAAACACACACAAAAGAAAGAGAUGAUCAGAGGAGGAGGAGGAAAGUCUUCAGGCUACUCUGCAGAUCUCAUGGUGUGUUUCCCAUCAAGAACACACUUGUCUCUACCUUCUAAAUCCAUUUGCAGCCCUUCUCACUCCCUAAGCCGCCGUCAAACUGCUCCUCCUCAUCAUCAUCAUCACCACCGCCGCAGCUUCAGUAAGCUCUCUGGAAGCGGCGGCGUCCGCCAGAGCCGCGUUAGGGAGAUAGCGGAAGAACCAACGUCGCCGAAAGUCACGUGCGCCGGUCAGAUCAAAGUGCGGCCGAGCAAACGCGGAGGAGGAGGAGGAGGAGGAGGCAAGAACUGGCAGUCGCUGAUGGCGGAGAUAGAGAAGAUACAUAGAAGCAAGUCGGAGAGUAAGUUCUUGGGGAUCAAGAAAGAUGUCUUGGGGUUCUUGUCUUGUCUCCGCGACUUUGAUUUCCGGUGUUUCGGCGCGUUUCCUCCGGUAGAUGCAAUCUCCGACCAAGAAGAAGAAGAAGAAGAUGACGAAGAGGAGGAAGAAGACGACGAAGAAGUGAUGAGGACACAGUCAGGGACAGUUUUCUCAAACUGGCUGACGUUUCUACACGAAAAGCAAAACGUCGAAGGUGUCGAAGCGGUUUCGGACAACGCGGAAACUGCGGUUCCGCCGCCAAACGCGUUGUUGCUGAUGCGGUGCAGGUCUGCACCGGUUAAGAACUGGUUGGAGACAGAAGAGGAGAAGAAGGUAGAAUGCGAAGACACUAGAAAACAGAGCGGAGAAGAGGAGAAGGAGACGGUGAGCAAGAAGAAGGAUCUGAGAUCAUUGAUGGAGGAGGAGGAGAAUGUGAAAAUGGUGGUGAUGGAUUACGACACAAACUAUUACAAACUGUCUUCAGACAUAGCCAAGGAAACUUGGGUUGUAGGUGGAAUUCAAGAUUCUCUGUUUCGAAGUAGAAGCUGGAAUAAAUGAUCUUUGUUAUUUGAUCAUUGUUAAUUCCCUUUGUGAAACUAAUACUUUUUUUCACUUUCUUGUGAGUUAAGUUAAAAGUAAAAGCUUUUCUUGUAAUAAUAAAACAUCCCUGUGAAUAAAUUUGAGACUAUUUCCAUCAAA